AUCAACUAUGGCGUCCCUCUCGUAGUGAUGGAGCCGCGUCGUUGUCAUCAAAACACAGUUGUAGUUUAAAGUCAUUCAUUUGCCCAUUGGACAUAUUUUGAACUGACGAUGCAGAAGAUCAAGUCUCUGAUGGCCCGGCAGGGUCUGAAAAGCCCCCAAGAGAGCAUGGCAGACCUCAGUCCUGUGGAGAACCUGAGGAUCCCGAGCAAGGAGGAGCUGCGGGAGAUGAGGGAGCAGCCCAUUGACCCUCAGGCGGAGCAGGAGAUUAUCGACAGCAUCGAGGAAGUCUACUUCUCUAACGACUCUUUCGACAUGGUGCAGCACGAACUGGAGAAACUCCCACCUGAGCUGAACCUGCAGGAGCUGGAGGAGUACAGAGACAAGCUGAAGAAACAGCAGGCAGCUGUUUCUAAAAAGGUCGCCGAUCUCAUUCUGGAAAAACAGCCUGCUUAUGUCAAGGAACUGGAGAGAGUGACGGCGUUGCAGACCAACCUGCAGCUGGCAGCUGUCAUUUGCACUAAUGCGAGGAGGCAACUGAGCGUGUCAAAGGAAGGAUUCACAGAGGCCAGCCUGGGCCUAUUGGCCAAUCAGAGAAGACGACAAUUGCUGACAAGCCUGCUCAAGUCGCUGAGGACCAUCAAGACGCUGCAAAGAACAGAUGUAAGACUGAGCGAGAUGCUUGAGGAGGAAGACUAUCCAGGUGCUAUCCAGCUCUGUCUGGAAUGCCAGAAGGCUGCCAGCACCUUCAAACACUACAGCUGCAUCAGUGAAUUGAAUUCCAAACUACAAGACACUUUGGAGCAAAUAGAGGAGCAGCUUGAUGUCGCCCUGUCGAAGACUUGCAAGCACUUUGAUGUUGCGCACUACACCAAGGUCCAGCUGGCCUACAAACUCCUGGGCAAAACACAGACCGCCAUGGACCAGCUGCACAUGCACUUCACUCAGGCCAUCCACAACACUGUGUUCCAAGUGGUGUUGGGAUAUGUGGAGCUGUGUGCCGGUAAUGCUGAUACCAAGUUCCAGAAAAUGCAGUACAAGGACCUGUGCACGCAUAUCACCCCAGACAGCUACAUUCCCUGCCUGACAGACCUAUGCAAGGCAUUGUGGGAGGUGAUGCUGAGCUACCACCGCACCAUGCAGUGGCACGAAGAGCAUGACAAAUUGGAGACCACACCCACCCCAGAUGGUGCGGCAGCAGCAGAAUCUGACGAGUUGGUGGUGGACCGCAGCUAUGUGAAGAAGAAGCUGGAGCAUGGACUGACCCGGAUCUGGCAGGAUGUCCAGUUGAAAGUGAAGGCCUUCAUCCUGGGGACAGACAUGUCUAACUUCAAGUACGACGAUUUCAUAGUGGUGCUGGAUGUCAUCAGCAGGUUGAUGCAGGUGGGCGAGGAGUUCUGUGGCAGUAAAUCGGAGGUCCUGCAAGAGUCUAUCAAACGCCAGAGUGUAAACUACUUUAAAAACUAUCACAGGGCACGACUGGAAGAGCUGAGAAUGUUUCUGGAAAAUGAGACGUGGGAACUUUGUCCAGUCAAGUCCAACUUUAACAUCGCUCAGCUCCACGAGUUUAAGUUCAUGGGCCAGUGCCGCUCCCCGUCUGUUUCCCCGAGCAGACAGGCUGUGUCGUCGACCAGCCAGGCCCAGGAGGAGCUGUAUCUCUUCCAGCAGUUUCUUCAGGAGGGAAACCCCUUUGAGAUGCACAUUGAGAACAAAGAGGAGGAGACGGAGGAUGUGCUGGCAUCUAACGGGUAUGAAUCCGAUGAGCUGGAGAAGAGUGUGUACCAGGAUUACGACAGUGACAGCGAUGUCCCAGAGGAGCUCAAGCAGGACUAUGUGGAUGAACAGACGGGUGAUGCCCCCCUCAAGAGUGCAUCCCGAGAGACUAUGAGAAGCAAGAAAAAGUCAGACUACAACCUUAAUAAGACCAAUGCACCAAUCCUCACCAACACCACCCUCAACGUCAUCCGGCUUGUCGGGAAGUACAUGCAGAUGAUGAAUAUUCUGAAGCCGAUCGCCUUUGAUGUCAUCCACUGUGUGUCCCAGCUCUUUGACUACUACCUGUAUGCUGUAUACACCUUCUUUGGACGCAAUGACAUGUAUGAGUCAUCGGGUCUGGGCCUUAUCAGCAGCAGACUGAGAACCACACUGAACCGGAUCCAGGAGAGCCUUAUUGACAUGGAGGCAGUGGGGGAAAAUGCAGGAGUGCACGGCCCCACAGAGGACAAGAAGGAGAAAGUUCCCAGCCCCCAUCUCAGCCAACUAGUGGUCCUCACUAACAGUGGGACUCUUUAUGGGCUGGCACAGAGAGUGGUGGCCACUGAGUCUCUUGUGUUUUUGGCUGAACAAUUUGAGUCCCUUCAAUCCCACCUGGACACAAUGAUGCCUGCAGCCAAGAAGCCCUUCCUGCAACAGUUUUAUUCCCAGACGGUGUCCACAGCCAGUGAACUGCGGAAACCAAUAUACUGGAUUGUGGCAGCCAAGGCCAUUGACUAUGAACAAAUGUUGCUGAUGAUGGCUGGAGUUAAAUGGGACAUUAGGGAGAUAAUGUCACAGCACAAUGUAUAUGUGGACGUUCUGUUAAAGGAAUUCGAGCAGUUUAACAAGCGACUUGGUGAUGUUUCCAGACAUGUGCGCAUCCCACUGCCCGUGUCUAACGUCCUGUGGGAGCACUGCAUUCGCUUGGCCAACAGGACUCUUGUAGAGGGCUAUGCUAAUGUGAAGAAAUGCAGCAAUGAGGGCCGGGCCCUGAUGCAGCUGGACUUUCAACAGUUCCUGAUGAAGCUGGAGAAGCUGACCGACCUGCGGCCAAUCCCCGAUAAGGAGUUUGUUGAGACCUACAUCAAGGCCUACUACCUGACUGAGAACGAUAUGGAGCAGUUCAUCAAGAAUCACAGGGAGUACUCCAUGAAGCAGCUAGCCAACUUGGUGAACGUUUGCCUGGGUUCACAUAUAAACAAGAAGGCCCGCCAGAAACUUCUGGCAGCCAUUGAUGACAUUGACAGACCCAAGAGAUAGACUGAUGGACAGACCACCAAAUAGUAUAAACCAGCCCACAGAGACGGACACUCCAACAGAGAAACUCCCAUAGCUACACUCGAGGUGGAGCUCAGCCUAGAAUGUCUUCACUUUCAGUUUAGAAAACACAUACAGGAGUUGAGGUGCGUUCAACGAGCUGCACACAGUACAUACAGUAGUAGAGCUACUGUAUACAACGAUUUAAAGCUCAAAUGUUAGCUUAUUGCUAAUUUACCGUCAAUCUACAGUCUUUUUCUGGCCAAAACUCACUUGUUGAAUGCACCUCAUGACAUAAUGAUGGACAUAAUACUAAAACUGUAUUUAACGCUCAAGCAUGCUGCAGUUACUCUGUUCAUUGAUGUACCAUAAUGCAUGCCUUCAUAUUUCCAUGCUACAAACAUGCCGCUUACAAAGUCUUUCUGCAAACUGUCUGUAAGUACGAUAUCAUAAAGCACUUCGGUGACAAGAAACAGAAAUUUGGUUUGUUUUUCAGAUAAACUACUAGAAAUACAUCUAACAGUGAAGUGUGAAGUGGCUCUUGACCACAUGGCUGUUCAUGGCAUUCCAUCUGUUUUUUACCAAAUGUGCUCAAUUGCUGACACAACCCUUACCUUGAGAUAAAUAAAAUAAAAAAUGAGAGAACAUUUGCUACAGUAAAUUUGAUGGCAGUGUAAUGUUAGGAUUUGUGAUUUAAAACAUGUCCCAAUUACAGAUCCAAGAGAAGUUUUUAGUAGUUAAAAAACAUGUAUUAUCUAAUGUAAAGCCUUGAUCACAUGAUUGAAUGUGUUCUCCUGAUGGGGAUAGAGUAGAUCUGGGUUAUUGUUCACUUUAAUCAUUGAUUAUCCAUUAUCCCAGCUGAUGUAUUUGCUGUUUAUUGUUUCACUUCAGGGUAUUUUUUGUGCCUGACUGGAUUCUGUGCUUCUUUGUUUUGUUUGUUUUUUCCACGAAUGACAUAAAUCUAAUAUAAUGAUGAUUCUGAAAAUAAUAUAAAUUGCUAUAGUUAGCUAUUUAGAUUGUAUCUGCACCAGCUGCACUUGUUUGUUUGCCAUCUGUCAUAUCUGAGGAUGAAAUUACUUUUCUAUCCUGGGGUGAGUCUCAGGCCUUCUUGUUGAACAGUGAAACAUUGGCUUAUUUUUUUGUUUAUCAGUUUUGCAGGUUAGUGCAGUCAGGCACUGAUUAUGUGAUUUCUCAUGAGUUAAUAGUUGAACUGCGUCGACUACAAGAGCCCAUCCACCCCUAUACCCCAGUCAUCUCCAUUAGUUUAACUUGACUAAUUCUGUAGAGAGGGCAGAUUGGAUUAACGUCAAAAGGAGAAAAAAAUGAAGUUACAGUUUUCAAUACUACUUCAUAUUUUGUGUGUAACUAUUCCAAGAAGAAUACUGUAAAUGUGAAUGUUUUGAGCAAUGUCUAUAUUUAUUUCUUGCUUUGUGUCUUGUUUGGGUUUUUAUAUAAUUAUUACUGGAAGUGUGCUGUCAUUUAUCACCUCUCAGUAUCGUGUAACUUAUCAACCGAGGCAAAUGCAAAUAUUUAAACAUUGUCAAAAUGAUGUUAAGGGUCAAGUGCACUAUAGUGAAAAUCAGUAAUCAGUGUUAGAAUUGUAGGUUGAACCAAAAUGAU